GACAUUGCUGCGGCGGAUUUCUCUAGAGCCAUGGCCAUCAGGAAGCGGGCGCGGACCAUGCUCUUCGAGGGCAGCUGCCGGGAGAAGGCCCGAGGGGCCGAGAUGCUCCAGGAUACGGCCCUCCAGGACCUCGUUCGCCAGGUGCAGUCAGGCUGGUCGGGAGACUGGACGCACUUCGUGAACGGUAACGCUGAUGUCGAGCUCAUUCCAGGGGAGCCCGGUCGGCAUGACCAGCCCCUGGUGGGCCGCGAGAAGACGGAGUUCAGGUCGCUUAUCUACCGGCUCAAUUGGGUCGGCAGGGAAACUCGGGCAGAAGCAUGUGGUACGGCAUCUAUUUUGGCUUCCAGGGUAGAGAAUCCCUCCGUGGGGGACGCGUUGCUCGCUAACAAGAUGGUCGAUCAUCUUCGACAGACAGCAGCUAUCCCCAUCACUCUCUGGAAGUUCAGGCCAGACGACAUUAUCUUCGUCACUUCUUCCGACGCCGGCGGCGUCGCUGCCAGCGAUGCCGACAAGGCUCAGCUGGCCUGGCAG